GGCAUUUAUACCAUCAAACAACUUCGAUGAAUUCAUUCUUCACUACACAGUCUACUUGAACCAGCUGUGCAAAGCAACAAACAUAGAGCAUCAAACAAAAAAGUGGCAUUAACUGUUUUCUACGACGACCCAUGUCUUGCCUCGACCUUCACUAAUAUACUAUGGAAGAAACUCAACGCCAAUUAUUCCCAGCAACGACGUUUGACGUCAACGCCAAGCUUCCUCUAUAUAAACCCCAUCUUCCCCCUACUUGCCCUCCACAACCACAGCAAAUUAUCCAUCUCUUGUUUCUUGUACAUACCUUUUUCUCUUAGCAAAGUCGAUUGCUUAUACUUCCGUUGAAAAUGAGUCGCCUGAUAGCCUUCCUUGCCUUUGCUCUCAUCCUUGAAGGAGCUCUUGGUACUGGGGAGCUUGUGUGUGAGGAAUUGCCAUCUGGAAUGUGCUCUUUCGCCAUAGCGUCGUCUGGGAGAAGAUGCGUGUUGGAAACCCUCCAAACGGAUGUUGGGGAUGUGGAGCUACAGUGCAAGACUUCUGAGGUCAUAGCCAUGAAUGUGCCACCAGCAUACAUAGAGACUGACGAGUGCGUGAGUGCAUGUGGGCUUGAGAGGAAGUCUGUCGGCAUCUCCUCCGACUCGCUCCUCGAGACUCGCUUCGCCCUCAAACUCUGUUCUCCACAGUGUUACUAUAACUGCCCAAACAUUGUUGAUCUCUACCAAAACUUGGCUCUAGCAGAAGGAGUCUUUCUGGCUGACCUGUGCAAGUUUGAGACAACAAGCUCUCGGCGUUCUGCUAUCCAGCUUCAGAGUUCAGGUGCAGCAGCUUCUGGUCCAGUCUCUGCAGCAGGGAGUCCCGCGUAUGCUCCCACUUCAAGCACCACAGUUUCCUCUGAUGAUUGUGCUCCAUCACCUAUAUAAUUUAACUGUAUUCUGCUUCCAAAAUUAUGUAAUCUACAUACUUAUUUAUAAAAGUACUAAAUAAAAAAAUU